AUGCUGUCCGCAUCCAAUACCACUCCAAAGUUAUGUCGCGAACAACAAGAUCUUUUCGACCGAAUUAUAGGUGAGGAAAAUAUCGUCUUUACGGGCUCAGCAGGCUAUGGCAAGUCUACGGUUUUGAAAGCGGCUGUUGAAGAGCUAAGAGCCCGAGGCAAAAAGGUUGACAUCAUAGCUCCAACUGGUCGAGCUGCGAUUCAGGUCAAAGGCAUGUCAACUUGGACUUAUAUGGGGUGGACACCGGAUUGUCACAAGUAUUCUUUGCGAAAGUUGAAACGCAUGGCAUUUCGCACCGUUGUCGCGAGCCGUCUGAAAGCUGCCAGAGUUCUCGUUAUCGAUGAGAUUAGCAUGGUUGAGAACCAUCAUUUGGAACGCAUAAAGGCCUGUAUGAAGGAAGUUCGAUGCUGGGAUCCUGACCUUCAAGCCCCAGCCAAUGGCGCUCCCGCUUUUGGAGGUGUCCAACUGGUUGUGACAGGAGACUUUUGUCAACUACCUCCGGUCAGACCAUUCCGGUUCUGUCUCAACUGUGGACUGGAGACAUCGUGA